GUCUAAGUCAAGUCUAAGUCUUCGACGCCGACCGUUCCCCAGCCAGAAGCGGCACUGUUGAACGCCUUGAUCCUGUCCGAGAGGAGGUGUGUACAUACCCACGAAGUGGCAAACCCUGGGCCUGAAGGCCUGAAGUUAGACGCAAGUAGACGCGGUGGCUGUGCACUGCCAGUGCUGGCCUGCGCACAAGUUUCAAGUUUCAACAGCAUUCAUCAACUCACUAUGUCUGGAACAUCGUGUGUUCGCCGGGGUGAACUUGUGUCGGCUGGCCCUACCUUCCCCCUCAAUCCGAAGCAACCGAAACGAGGCAGGAUAAUACAGAAGCUUUGGAGACCUCUACAACAUUUUGCUAGCAGGGACGCGAAGGGCCUGGUGUCUGUUAGUGCCGUUGGUAACGGGGAAGAUGUUGCAGCGUCGGCACUUCCACUGGAUGCAAGUACGGCGGAAGACGCGCGCACUGUGGGCGUACAACUGCCAGUCGAGACGUGGUGGGAGAUCAUAGACUGCCUCCAGCAGGACUGGUCGGCGCUGCUAGUCUGCACCAUCGUCUGCCAAGCAUGGCAUGUUCGUGCGCAGGCGCACUUGCCUAAGGGCAAUGGACACGCUGUGGGUCUCCUCAGUCGGCAAGACGUGAUCCUCCUCUCGCAGUGCUCUCGCGCUCGUGCACUGCACACGCGUGCGGUCCAUGUCUACGGAGAUCGUCACACUGGGUCGCUAGCCCAUCUCGGGACAUUCGCGGCUAUGCUCUCCGGGAAGCUCCAUCGGCUCGAAGAGCUCCAGAUCCUCGAUUGCACAUGGAAGACUGCGGCACUGAAGGAGACUAUACUUCUCCGGCGUCUCUCAGAGUUCACGUCAAUCCGCACGCUCCGCCUGCAAAACGUCAUCUUGCCAUCGGCGACCACUAUUGCCAAUCUGCUCCGCGCUCUGCCUGACCUGCGGUCCCUCAAGUGCGCUAGCGUGUCGACAACGAAGAAGCAGUACGGAGAUGCGGCGAUCUUAGACGCGCUGCUGAGGCCGUUGAUGGACUUGCAGAGACUCGACCUUGACUGUCCCGACGGCGACGAUAUAAUCCACCUCUUCGCCUCGACAACUCUUGCACAAUACGCUCGUACGGCGGUAAUCGCCGUAUACACCCGUCCUGACCGCAAGGGUACUCGGACCACGAACGAUCAGAGGCUCAUCCACAGAUUAACCUCGAUCUCUCAACUGAGCAUCACAUUCCAUGAUACCG